GGGGGCGUGGCCGGGGGCGUGGCGCGGGGCGGACCCUCCCGGCGCCGCGGGUUUGUCGGCGGCCGCCGGAGCAGAGCGGCGCGGGCCGGGCCUGGGCGGGCCGGGCAUGAGGGAAGGCGGGGCGCAGAGCCGCCAGCGCCCCCCGCCCGGGGCCGCCGCGCCGCGGGCAGCCCGGCGGAGCCCACCGGCCCGCGGGCCCUGAGGCGCUGGCCCCCGCUGACCGACUUGCUGCAGCCCGGGGCCGCCGCGGGAGCCGGCUGAAGGGGAACCUGGGCUAUGCGGUGGUGGCUGCGCGCCGCCGUCCUCAGCCUGCUCGCCGGCGCUGAGGGCAGCGGCCAGAGCGAGUCCCAGGCCGUGGUGGGGCGAGUUGGAGGGAGCGCGGUGCUGGGCUGUGACCUCCUGGACGCCCACGGGGCCCGGCCCCCGCUCUAUGUGAUCGAGUGGGUCCGCUUCGGCUUCGUCCUCCCCAUCUUCAUCAAGUUCGGGCUCUACUCACCACGCGUGGACCCGGAGUAUGUCGGUCGUGUGCGGAUCGAGGAAGGCGCCUCGCUGCGCAUCGACCUCCUGCGUGCUGAGGACCAAGGCUGGUACGAGUGCCGUGUGCUCUUCCUCGACCGGCACAGCACCGAUGCCGACUUCCAGAACGGCACCUGGAUCCACCUCACUGUCAAUGCACCCCCCACCUUCCUGGAGACCCCCCCUGCAUUCGUGGAGGUGCGGGACCGGGACGCGCUGAGCCUUACCUGCACAGCUGUCGGCAACCCCCAACCUGUUGUCAUCUGGAAGAGGAGCGACCUGGCUGUCCAGAGUGGAGACACAGUGCAGCACCACCUUCCUGAGAGAGUCCCGUCCCUUGGUGGCCAUGCCAUGUGCCCGGUGCCCUUGCAGGUGAGGAAUGGGACGCUGAGCAUCGCCGUGGUGGAGCGCACCAGUGCCGGCACCUACACCUGCCACGCUUCCAGCAAGGAGGGCGCCAUCGCCCACACCACCCGUGUGCUCGUGCAGGGGCCACCCGUCAUUGUGGUGCCACCCCAGAACAUCACUGUCAACAUCUCUCAAGAUGCCUUCCUGGCAUGCCAGGCUGAGGCGUACCCAGGAAACCUCACCUACACCUGGUUCCAGGGCAGCAGCAAUGUCUUCCACCUCAGCCACCUCCAGGCUCGGGUCCGCAUCCUGGUGGAUGGGAGUCUGUUGCUCCAACGAACGACCCCAGAUGAUGCCGGAAAAUACACGUGCAUCCCCAGCAACGGGCUGUGGAAGCCACCUUCUGCCUCAGCCUUUGUCACAGUGCUGUAUCCAGCGCAGGUGACCACCAUGCUCCCAGAGACCCACCUGCCCAAGGGGAUGCAGGGUGUCAUCCACUGCCCCACCAGGGCCAAUCCCCCCCUGCUCUCCGUCAGCUGGACAAGGGACGGGCUCCCGUUGGAGCUGGACAAGUUCCCCGGCUGGUCCACAAGACCAGACGGCUCCAUCGUCAUCGCGACGGGGAACGACGAUGCACUGGGAGUGUACACGUGUACCCCGUACAAUAUCUACGGCACCGCCGGCAAGUCCCAGCCCACGCGUGUCCUGCUGAAGGACCCCCCUGCCUUCACGGUGCGCCCCAAGGAGGAAUACUUCCAGGAGGUGGGCCGGGAGCUGGUGAUCCCCUGUGCAGCCCAUGGGGAUCCCCCACCCACUGUCACCUGGAUGAAGGUGGGCAGCGCGGGGAAGAGCGGGACCCAGAUGGAUGGGAACAGCAGCCUCGUCUUCCGCCCACUUGUCAAGGAGCAGCACGGGGUCUGGCAGUGCAUGGCCACCAACCAGGUGGCCAGCAUCACCACCACCACCUCCGUCCAUGUACUGGGUACCAGUCCUCACGCUGUCACCAACGUCUCUGUGCUCCCGCUCCUGCUGGCAGCCAACAUCUCCUGGGAGCCAGGGUUUGAUGGAGGUUAUUUCCAGAGGUUCAGCGUCUGGUACACACCGCUGGUGAAGCAUCCACCCCGCGCCCAUCAUGACUGGGUGUCGCUCUCGGUGCCAGUGGGGGCUCAGCACCUUUUGGUGGAGAAUCUGCAGCCAGACACAAGCUACCAGUUCAGCGUUCUGGCCCAGAACAAGCUGGGCAGUGGCCCCUUCAGCCAGAUUGUCACCUCUGUGCCCAGGGGCUUCCCAGUGACCACAGUGCCUCCAGAGCCGCCGGCCAUGACCAUGCGUGUCUUCCUGUCCCCGCCGCAGGCUCUGACCGCCAACGAGACCGUGCGCGGGGUCCUGCUGCAGUGGGAACCCCCAGCUCAGUUCUCGGUGGCGCUGAGUGGCUACGGUCUUGAGCUGCGGCAGGACAAGGGCGGCUGGGAGGUGCUGGACCACUCCAUCCCCAGCACAAAGACCCAGGUCCUGGUGCCAGGACUCAUAAAGGACGCCUUCUACGAGUUCCGACUGGUGGCCUUUGCUGGCAGCUACAUCAGUGAUCCCAGCAAUACAGUGAACGUCUCCACAGCAGGCAUGGAGGUGUAUCCGUCUCGCACCCAGCUGCCAGAGCUCCUGCCACAGCCAGUGCUGGCUGGGGUCAUCGGGGGGAUCUGCUUUCUCAGCAUGGCUGUCAUCUUCAGCACCAUGGCUGCCUGCAUCAUGAACCGCCGGCGUGCUGCCCGCAUACAGAAGCGAAGGCAAGAUCCACCACUCGUCUUCUCCCCCAGCAAGAAGCUUUCACCUCCACACAAUUCUCGUGGCUCUGGUGGCCCAGACAGCACCCUGAAGCUGAAGCUGCACCCGUCUCCCUACCGGAGCCUGCGCCGGACACUGCUGUGGGGUGAGAAGGCCAGCACCAGCCUGGGUCUCAGCAUCGCCGGGGCCAGCUCUCAGUAUGCUGUGUAUGAGAGCCACGUUGGGGAGCAUGUGCCCCUGGAGCGGAUUUGCCGUGGCCCUGACGGGCGCUUCGUGGUGGAGACCGACACGCAGCCGCGGGAGAGCGGCUUUGGGGCACUGCCCUACCCUGAGCCAGAGCCCUACCCCCACCGGGACCCUCUGGGGCCACAGCCCGAGUCCUACCUCCAGCUGCCCACAGAAGAGGAGGAGGAAGAGGAGGAGGAAGAGCCCAUCUGGCCCAAGGGGGUCUCACUGCACCCCAGGCCAAUAGGGCAGGCCUGCCGGGGAGCCCGGGCUGCCAGCCACCACCGGGGCCGCUACUUGAGCUACAGCAGCAGCAGCCCCGUGGAUGAAGCCACGGCGUUGUGCAUCGUCAACAUCAGCCCCGUGGCCUCUGCCGCAACUUUGCCUUACAGCACCAUGGAGGAGCUGCACGGCAGCCCUGGCAGCGCCAGGCCCUGCCAGAGCACCGCCAGUGCCCUGUGGGACUCGCUGCCCCUUGAGGGCUCCCACCAGCCGCCCCUCAACCACUCAGCCUCCCCCAGCCCCAGCUCUGGGGGCAGCCAGCAGCCGGCCGGCCCCCUGGCACAGAGCGGGAUCCUCCAGUACCUGAGCCUGCCCUUCUUCAAGGAGAUGUGCGUCGAUGGUGACUGGCCACCCCCGGAAGAGCCGGUGGAGCCCAGCCAUGCUGGUGGCCAGCCUGAGACUGCCGACAGCCCCCUGCCCACCCCACCGGGGAAUGGGGGCUCCCCACGGCGUGCAGGGCAGACGCUGUGCCCGGACUGUGUUGAUACAUGUGCCAAUGCCACCUCCCCGCUAGCCACUGCUUUCCUCAAGCCCCCCAGACUGCCAGUGGGUCCUGCCAAGGCUGCGCUGCCUGGCACGGCCGCCUGGCCUGGCUCCUCCAGCCCCGGGGCUGGCCUGCGGACCCCUCCCCAGCCAGCUCACCGCCUCCCUGCCGGCAGCAGCAGGACUGAGGCCGUGCCCUCGGCUGGCACUGUGGAGCCCAGCUGGGCACUGGGCCGGCCGCCGGAACCUGCCCCCCCAGAGAAGCUGCCACGGGGCAGUUUGACCAGCCAGAGCAGCGGCCGGGGCAGUGCCUCCUUCCUGCGGCCCCCCUCGCUGGCGCCGUCCCUGGGGGGCAACUGCCUGGGCCCGUUCCUCGGGGAUGGGGGCAGCUGGCAGAGCAGCAGCUCGGCAGCGGAGGAGGGCAGGGCAAGGACGGAUCCCGCCCUGGGCAGCAUUGGAAAGAGGAGGAACACCUCGGUGGACGAGAACUACGAGUGGGAUGCGGAGUUCGCCCUGGAGUCGGACAUCCUCGAGGCGCUGCAGCUCUACCGCAGUGGGGACCCGGCACGGCCCGUCUCCACCAUCGCCCUGCGUGACCUGGAGCGGCAGAAGCCCGGCGGCGGGUCCUCCCCGGUGAGCUCGGUGUCAGCGGAGGCACUGGCGGCGACGGGCAGCGUCCCCGAGCGCGGCGCGGCCCUGCGGCAGGAGCUGGCAGCGUCCCGGCGCCGCAGGGAGCUGGCCCGGCAGCGGCUGGGCCCCCCCGGGUGCGGGGCGGAGCGCUUCGAGCUGGCCACGCUGCUCUAGGGCCCCCCCGGGCCGGGGCAGGAGGAUAGCGGGGUGAAAUAAAGAGACGUGAGCGCA